GUGUGUCAAACUCGAAGGUGUCGUCUUUUGUGUCGCUGUAAUUUUCCUCCGCGGCCUGUGAUUUCACAACAUUCACACGGGGCCGAUGGGCUCCGGUGUCCCUCACGCACCGCGGUCCUCUAAACGAGCUGUGUUACUCUGGGGUCUGCGGUUUGUCGAGAGCCAGACUCGCCCCGAUCCCAGAUGAUUCACAGAGGCUUGCACACGGAAAUGAAACGGGCAGAUCCAGCGCUCGUUGUACCCCGUGUUUCAUUAGUCAGACUUCGCAGGAACGGUGACUAACCUCGGUGGCCUUUUUUUAAUUUAUUUAUUUAUUUAUUUUUUUACCCAGCUCUGUAAUUGUUUCACAGCCCGAUCCCCGGGGCUUUCCCGAACUUCGGUUUCAGUUUGGGGGACGCCGCUCUUGACUCGCUACCAUGCCGGUCUCCGUACAUGCGUAGUACCCGCACAGCGUUUUGCAGUGUACUGGAGAGUUGCAGAGUCAUGUUGGUGCAGAAAGUCCUCCCCUCCACCUCCACCUCCUCCUCCUCCUCCUCCUCCACAGCCUCAGAACGUCCGCCGGCAGCGGCGCGCACAGCCUCGCACAGUUCCCCCCUUAGCGCCGAGGACGACCGAUCCGCCGGUUUCCCCUGGCGGGACCGAGACCCGGCGAGGACCUCCCGGGGUCUGGCGACUCUCGAGCGUGACAUGGAGCUGGGCGGCUGCGGCUGAGCCAGUGGCUUCAGCUUCAGAUACCAAGGAGUCACCCAGUGAAUCCCUGCUGGAAAAUACAACAUCAUUCAUCAUUCAGGAAGAGGGCUAAAUAGCUUUUAAGAUAAGCAUCGCAGAUGGGGUCCCUGCCAGGAUACAACUGAUUGUGCAGUUACACACAUUUGCCAACCUCUUCUCCUUCUCCUCUGGAAGCAAAUUGCAGAGGACUCUCUGAAAUGCCAGAGUGAAUUACUUUUAAAAUCCUGAAACGUGGAAAAUCUGGACCAACAGCAAUGUAAUUAUUAUGGUUUGACUCGUGCUUUGGGAACCGUUAGAUCCUUACACAAAUGCUGUCAGUCAUGUUGGAGCCAGGAUCUGUGGAUGAGGGAGUAUUAUGUGGUUCAGCAUCAGUCUACAAGUUUCUUUACCCGUCAUAUUUGUGCAGAGAAAUGUAUGACCUCAACUUAUUUUACGCAGAAACCGUCUUUUCCUGUGAACUGCUUGCUCCGGCCGCUGGCUGUUGCUGGGAUCACCAAUGGAUAGUACCGUUACACUAUUCACGUCCCUAAUUUCUGGGGAAAUGUCUACUCACUGAACAGAUUUUGUGUGUUAAAUUUUCAGAAAAAUGGAGAAACUAAAGACAUCUGCUCACUGGAGACUUUACAUUGAUGAAUUAAAGACCAAAAGAAGUACCUCUCUUGAAAGUCUGACCCCAAUGGGAUAAGAACUUUAAACUGUUGAAGACUUUUAAGACUGAAGAGUCAAUAACUCAAAUAAGUCUGCAGUACCCAUCUUCCUCUCUCCCAUAAUGCAUUGCCCUAUGAGGAAGAAACGUCCCACGCGUGAUUCUGAUUUCUCAGCUAUUGUAGUUCCCUCUAUGCACGGGUCUGGGUAUCUUGACUACGCGGUCGAGACACACGCCUCCAGGUCCCUGAGGGCCAUGGACGAGUUCAGACGGCAGGAGAUGUUGUGUGACCUGGUGCUACAUGUCACGUACAAGGAAAAAACUGUGGACUUCAAGGUGCACAGGCUGGUACUGGCCUCAUGUAGCCCCUACUUCAGAGCCAUGUUCACCAGCAGCUUCAAAGAGUGCCACGCCUCGGAGAUCACCUUGCGUGAUGUUUGCCCCCAGGUGGUGGGAAGGCUCAUUGACUUUGCCUACACCUCGCACAUCACAGUGGGAGAGAAAUGUGUGUUGCACGUUCUUUUGGCUGCUAUGAGGUAUCAGAUGGAGGAUGUGGCCAAGGCAUGCUGUGAUUUCCUGACUAAGCACCUGGAGCCAGCUAAUGUCAUAGGCAUCGCCCGCUUUGCCGAGGAGAUUGGCUGCACGGAGCUGCACCAAAGAAGCCGAGAGUAUAUUAAUACACACUUCAAUGAGGUGACUAAAGAAGACGAGUUCUUCAGCCUCUCUCACUGCCAACUGCUGGAGCUCAUCAGUCAGGAGAGUCUCAAGGUGCUCUGUGAAUCUGAGGUGUAUAGGGCCUGUACAGACUGGGUCGGCUGGGAUAUGGAGGGUAGGGCCCAGUACCUACAUGCCCUCCUGAAUGCAGUUCAUAUCUACGCUCUGCCUCCCAAGUUCCUGAAGAACCAGCUCCUGUCCUGUCCCAUCCUCAGUAAGGCCAACUCCUGUAAGGAUUUCCUUUCUAAAAUCUUCCAGGAUAUGACGUUGAGGAAGCUGCCUCCUGCACCUAACCGUGGAACUCAGCUCAUCUAUGUGGCUGGCGGAUACCGGCAGCAUUCACUGGCCUCCAUGGAGGCUUAUGAUCCCAGGAGGAAUGUCUGGCUAAAGCUGGCUGACAUGGGCACUCCAUGCAGCGGUCUGGGAGCCUGCGCGCUGUUUGGACUGCUCUACACUGUUGGGGGCAGGAACUUGUCGCUUCAAAACAACACCGAGUCCAGCACCCUGUGCUGCUAUAACCCGAUGACCAACCAGUGGAGCCAGCGAGCCUCCCUCAACAUCCCCAGGAACAGAGUCGGGGUGGGCGUGGUGGACGGCUGCAUCUACGCUGUUGGAGGUUCCCAGGGCUCGACCCAUCACAACACGGUGGAGAGGUGGGAUCCAGAGUCUAAUCGCUGGUCCUUUGUGUGCCCCAUGUCGGUGGCUCGUCUUGGGGCCGGUGUGGCGGCGUGUGGGGGGGCUUUGUACGUGGUGGGGGGAUAUGAUGGAGAGAACCGCUGGAACACUGCUGAAAAAUACCAGCCUGACACAAACACCUGGCACCAGCUGGCUCCCAUGAGCACUAUACGCAGUGGACUGGGGUUGGUGUGUGUGAACUCUUACCUGUACGCUAUAGGAGGGUAUGAUGGGAGGAGCCAGCUGUCCUCUGUGGAGCGUUACAAUAUAGCCAGGAAUGUUUGGGAGCCCAGGGCCUCCAUGCAGUACUGUCGCAGUGCACACGGAGUGACGGUCCACCACAGAUGCAUCUUUGUCCUCGGAGGUUUUAACCAGCACGGCUUCCUGUCCAGCAUCGAGUGUUACUGUCCAGAAAGAAAUGAAUGGACGUGCAUCACCGAGAUGCCUUUGGGACGCAGUGGCAUGGGCGUCUCUGUUACCAUGGAGCCCUGUCCUGGCAGCCUGCCAGAACAAGAGGAGGACGAGGACGGAGCCACAUAGGAUGAGGACGAAGUCUGUUGACGUCUCAAGUGUUGAAUUCGGUUCCGAGUGGUGCUGCUUUUCAAGUGCAUUAAAUAAAAACACGGAUCCCACUUGUAUUGCACCGUGGGGGUACUGCUGGUAUAGUUUGAAUGGAAACCUUGAGGAGGAACUGUGUCUCCACAUCUGCUGGGGAACGAGUGAUACAGGAAAAACUGGUAGCAUGACAGUGACCCCACAAUAAUAAAGUGCUACGGGUCUGAUCUCAAAUGAUAGUACUAUUUAAUUGAAUAUUGUUAUUCCUUUGCUGUUUUUAAUCUCUUUAGUGUUCAUUUUCAGUUUCAUUUACAAAGUGACCUUUCAAUGGCCUUCAGUGUCCUAAUUUCUGAUUCCUCUCUGUGUUAUACAUUUUCUACCUCCAUCUGUGUCUCUGUCCAAAUGACCACUUUUCUUCAUUUUGUGCCAGUGAGGUUUCACCCAAAACUGACAUUUUAAAAACUG